UGUUUGGGUUUGUAAUUUUACAAGAUAAAAUAUAGGUAACCCAAAUAAUUGUGGUUUUUCACAAUAGUCGUUAUUGCAAAUUGACUGACGUUGAUCGCGUUAUCGUAUCGAAUUAAACUAUUAAUUUGAGUAAAUAAAAAUUGUUACUACUAAAGCUGUUCAAAUCCAAGAUAGUAAAAUCUGGCAAAAUCCGUAAAAAUUCAAACUUUUAUGCAAAAUCAUGUUUUUCAAUGCGUGUUGUUAGUUAAAAUAAUGGUCGUUCACUGAAGAAACCCUAUGCUCUAACCUGGGAAACAAGAUUGUUAGAAAAAUAUAAAUAAUGCAGGGACUAAGCAAAUUAUUUCCAACCACAGAGGCAUUUAUUGUUUUCGCACUUUAUAUUAUACUAUUUGUGUUUCAAGGUGUUUUUAUAACAGCAUCAAAAACUGAAAAUGGAGCCUACGAUUAUAAUACAACACUAGUAGUUUUCCUCACAGAAUUACUGAAGCUUUUCAUAUCGGCCGCUUUGUACACCAUCAAAAGGGAGAGUAAGCCAAAUAUUUUUAGGGCAAUAAUAAUUAACAGGAAGCUACUACUUCUGUACUUUAUUCCAUCGCUGCUGUACUGCUUCUACAACAACUUGGCAUUCAUUAACCUAUCCCACUACGACCCCACCACGUACUACAUCCUGCUGCAGUUCAGAGUGGUCCUCACAGCUCUCAUAUUUCAGGUUCUGUUCAAGAGGCAGCUGACUUUUAUCCAGUGGGUGUCGCUGGGUAUACUCACAUUUGGAUGCAUGGUCAAGAACUUUGAUGCAACGUCGGUCAAGUCUCAGCAGGAUUCUGAUGUUGUGUCUCAAAUAUUCAACAUAUACUUCCUGUCUAUUAACUUCCAGAACUUCUGUUCAUGCCUAGCGGGCACGUACAACGAGUAUCUCCUAAAAACACAGGGACAAAAUGUAGAUAUAUUCCUUCAGAAUGUGUUCAUGUAUUUGGACUCCGUGUUGUGCAACUACUUCAUAUUACUCUUCAAAGGCGAGGCAGGCGAAAUGUUCAAUGAUUUUAAAUCAUUAGGAGACAUUUUUGUGAUCCUCAUCAUAGUUAACAGUGCCAUCGUUGGAAUAGUCACUAGUUUCUUCCUCAAAAACUUAAAUUCGAUUUUGAAAACAUACGCUAGUGCCUUGGAGCUGGUCAUAACGGCUGUGGUCUGUUACUUGCUCUUCAACAUACUGAUCACAUGGUACACUAUCUUCUCGAUAUGUUUAGUGAGCGUGGCGGUGGGCAUGUAUGUGAAAAAUCCUGUGAAUAAUUCCAAUCCCAGUCAAGUAGAGAAAAGAGAUAAAGAACCGCUGUUAGAGUCCGUAACCAGUGAUUGAACUUAAUAUUUUUAAUUGCACUGCUAAUAAUAUUAGUAUUGAGCUUAGAAAAAAAAGGUAUACAAUACACUGCUAUAAUAUUGGCAAUAUUUGGAAAGGCAAUAUUAGGUUUACAGUAUUUCUAGUGGUCUUUAGUGCACAAAACUUUUAUUUCCUGACAAUUUCUGCAGAGGCUUAUUAUUAUGUAUAUUUUUAUUAUGUAGACUAUGAUGGAUAUGUGCACUGUAUAAUACAGUAUUACAAAAAUUUUUACUCUUAGAUAUAAGGAUACAGCUACGUAUCAGUAAGAUUUUAUUAACUCGGAAAAACUAUUACAAAUGUGAAUAGGUAUGAGCAAAAAUUCAUACAAAAAAGCGUCUGCCAGUUGUGUGUCCUUCAAAUGCUUGGUGUAUGACUUAAAUUUUAAUAUUAUAAUUAUUUACAUAAGUUGUAGUUAUUA